CGCUAAUUUACAGUUUACACUGGUUUACACGGACAAGUGACAACACACACAUGUCAGAAACUUGGCUUUGUGAUUGAUAAAUUUGUUUAUAUUUAUCUGAAAUUUUUAGUAAAUAUUUUGUUAUUUUUAUUGUUUAAACAAAGCUAAAAUUUAAACAAUUGUUUAUAAUAAUAAAUGUAAAUUAAAUUACUUGAAGAUGUCUAAUCGAUAUUUUAAUUCUGAUCGAAAUCAUGAGACUUAUUACUCUCAAAGUCACUCAGAAAAUUGGGAACAUGGUGGACCAAGUGUAGGUGGUAAUUUCCAAGCAAAUGCAAGUGGAUACUUCAAUCAAGGCCAAUCAUUUGGUCGUGGUCGAGGUCGAGGUCGAGGAUCUCAUCCACCUGGAUUGAGUGGAAAACAAAUUGGUCUAUUUUAUCGUGAUAAAUCUAAAAAAAAAGCUGAAAAAAAAGAUACACAAACGUAUUUUUCUUUGAAUUCAUCAGUUGAAAGAAAUGUAGAAAGUUUUUUAGAUAAAUUAAAAACACCAUAUACACAAGAAAACAAUGGCAAUGAUGAUACAACAAUGAAAAAUAAUAAACUACAAGAAAAAUAUAAUUGUAUUCAAGAUUCUCAUUUUAAACGUAAAUAUUUAGAUAUUGUUUCUGGUAAUAUUCAAUAUAACUUAACAAAAUCCAUGUUGUUGAGCUCAAAGCUACAUCAAAAUGAAAAAUUAGAUGAACAAUUAUUAGAUAAACAAAAACAACGUCAAGGAUUAGAUGGAUAUAUUAAAAUGAUGAAAAUACGUGAAAAAUUACCAUCUUUUAAAAUGAAAGAUAAAAUAUUAGAUUUAAUAAAUGGUAAUCAAGUUGUUGUAAUUAGUGGUGAGACUGGUUGUGGUAAAACAACACAAGUUGCACAAUUUAUUCUUGAUGAUGAAAUUGAACGUAAAAGAGGUAGUAUAACUAAAAUAAUAUGUACACAACCAAGAAGAAUAUCAGCAAUAUCAGUUGCUGAUAGAGUUGCUGCUGAAAGAGCUGAAGAACUUGGUGAUAGUGUUGGUUAUCAAAUACGUUUAGAAAAAGUUAUGUGUCGUGAUUAUGGUAGUAUUCUAUUUUGUACAACUGGUUUAUUAUUACAAUUUAUGCAAGGUGAUCCAGCAUUAAGAGAUUAUUCACAUAUUAUACUAGAUGAAAUACAUGAAAGAAAUACAGAAAGUGAUUUUAUCAUAACACUAUUAAAACAAGUCAUUCAAAAACGUUCUGAUUUAAAAAUAAUACUAAUGAGUGCAACAUUAAAUUCAGAAAGAUUCUCAAAAUAUUAUAAUAAUUGUCCAAAUAUUCAUAUACCUGGUUUUACGUAUCCAGUUGAUGAUUAUUAUCUUGAAGAUGUACUUGAAUUAACACGUUUUCGUUUUCCACCAGCUCCAAAACUACCAAAUAAUUAUAAAAAACAUUUAAAAAAAUUUAAAGAGAUUAAAAAUAAAGUAUCUGAUUAUGAGGGCUUUAUUGAACCAGCAUUACGUCAAAUGGAACAUGAAAAAAUAUAUUCACAACAUGUUAUAAAUGAGUUGAGAAAUUCAAAUAGUGAAGUAUUAAAUUUAGAUUUAAUACAAUCACUUCUUGAGUAUAUUUGUCAAACAAAAAAACAAGGAGCAAUAUUAAUUUUUUUACCUGGAAUAAUUGAUAUUACAAAUUUAAAUAAAAAUUUAUUAUCAUCUGGUUAUUUUAAUUCAAAUAAAUUUUUAAUAUAUUCAUUACAUUCAAGAUUACCAACAAAUGAACAAAAAAUGAUAUUUAAAACACCAAUGAAUGGUGUACGUAAAAUAAUAAUUGCAACAACAAUUGCUGAAACUUCAAUAACAAUUGAAGAUGUUGUUUAUGUUAUUGAUUGUGGUAGAACAAAAUUAUCACGUUUUGAUGUUAAUAAAAAUAUUGAAACACUUGAACCAGAAUGGAUAUCAAUUGCAAAUUCAAAACAACGUCGUGGAAGAGCUGGAAGAGUACAAACUGGUGAAUAUUAUAGAUUAUAUACAAAAGCAAGAGAAAUGACAUUUGAUCAAUAUCCAACACCAGAAAUGUUAAGAACACCAUUGGAUCAAGUUAUUUUAAAAGCUAAAAUAUUACAACUUGGUCAAAUAACAUGUUUUUUAAGUUGUGUUAUGGAUCCACCUGAAGAUAGAGCUAUUGAAUUAUCACUUGAUUUAUUAAGAUCAUUAAAUGCACUUGAUUCAAAUGAAAAUUUAACACCACUUGGUUAUCAUCUUGCUCAAUUACCACUUGAUCCAAGAACUGGUAAAAUGAUACUUUGGGCAUCAAUGUUUUCUUGUGUUGAGCCAGUAUUUUCAAUAGCAGCUAGUCUUGCAUUUAAAGAUGCAUUUUAUUGUCCACUUGGUAAAGAAGAUGAAGCAAAUAAAGCUAAAUUAGAAUUAGGAAUGGGACAAUAUAGUGAUCAUAUUGCUCUUGCUGAAGCACUUAGACAAUUUGAAAGAGCAUAUCAUUACAGAAAUGCUGGUCAUUUUUGUUCAAAAUUUUUUUUAUCACAAAAUACUCUUAAAUUAUUGAUGGAUAUGAAAAAACAAUUUGCUAAAUAUCUUUAUGAUAUGAAAUUUCUUGAUAGUGAUAAUCCAAAUGAUGCAAUAUCAAAUAGAAAUUCAGAUAAUUUAGCUAUGAUUAAAGCUAUUGUUUGUGCUGGACUAUUUCCAAAUGUUGCUAUUGUCAAAAGAACUGGUAAAUUUCCAGCAUUAAAAACAACUGAAGAUGGAAAUGUCAAAAUUCAUCCUAGCAGUAUUAAUGCCAAAGCAAAUCAAUUACCAACACCUUAUGUUACGUACUUUCUCAAACAAAAAUCAACAGCUAUAUAUUUACAUGACACCACAUGUGUCGAUGAGGCUGCACUUAUUUUUUCAUCUUCAAAAUGCUCAAUAAAACGUUUAGGACCAAGGUCUCAAAUUACUUUGAACGACUCAAUUUCAUUUCUUUGCAAAGAUUCUACAGCUGACAUGGUCCAGAAACUUCGUGAAGAAUUGGACAAGCUGUUGGAGUAUAAAAUUACUCAUCCAGGAACAAUCAGCUUGGAUUCUCAUGGUGGUCUUGUUAUUCGAGCAAUUAUCGAGUUGGUUUCAAAUGCAAAUAUACAAUCACCAAAUUACUAAUGUUUAUAUUAUUUGAAUGAUAAUAAAAUUAUGUUCUUUAAUUGACUGGCUUUUUAAAUUUUAUUUUAAAUUGUAUUGCUAUGUGGUGCAUUAUAAUAAUCAUCAAACAUCAUCCGUGGCUUUAAGCUUGAUUAGAUAAAUAAUCUACAAAAUAGACUAACCAGCUACGUGA